UAUCUAGUGCUCUCUGUUGCUAAAACUUUCUCUGAAUUUUCCAAAAGUUUUCCUGUUUCUGCUGUCCUCUCUUCCCUCUCCUUUCACAAAGACCUGUUCCUUCAUUACCUGCGUUUAGCUACGGGAAGAGAGUAGUGGAGGGAGGUACAGAAAACACCUUGGCCCAACCUGCCGCACCUUCAUUCCCUCGGGAUUUUCCACAUCCGAGCACAGACCUCCGCUUUGUUGUGACGUUCUCUGAAAUCACUCAGGUCUAGAGGAGAUAAAGGGGGUGAUCUACCUCUCUGUACCUGGCUUUGGAUGUUUGGAGAGGCAGAUAUUUCCCACGCUGCUUUUCCCUUUUUUUUCUGAAUGGAAAAUGGAGUCGCGAUGUGAACUGGGAUGUAAAUACACAAACAGACAGGCUUGACUGUGGCAGAGCAAGUCCCAGCAAAAGAGAGAAGAGGUAACACUUAAUAUAGUUUUCUGCAAGACUGAAAGCUGCUCUCCUAUUUUUUUUUUUUUUACUUCCAGAGUUGAAGGAAAACUAAGUUUUUGAUUGAGACUUGUGUCAGGGUCUUUUAAAUGGAUGAUAAUGUGUUUGAUGAUGGGAAAGUCUUUCUCUGGGACGCUGCUGCUUAGGAUGUCACAUCCAUCAUUGUGAAUGCUGCAGUGGAGUAGUGUUGUCACAGUGCAAACACAUGGCCGGUCAGACUAUUUACUUCUUCACUGACAGCAAAUAAUAGACUGUGUUCCAGGAAGUUUGUGUGACCUGAGCCAUAAAAUUAUGGAAAGAGUGGAUGGACCCUGCUCAGAUGAAAGGACUAUAUCUCGCUUUGUAUGACGUCAGAAGCCUUUUUCUGCAAUUACCUUCCGCUUGCUGAAAAUGACAACUGAAAGCCAGAUCACACAUCCAGCUUUUUAAAUCACCCACAAAAUCCCUUUAUCUCUAAUAAGGCUGAACUUCAAUUUCUCUGUUGACCCAGUUCCCAUGGUGACCCUAGUGCCAGGACAACCAGCUGUGUGAGUUUUUUUCAACCAUGCAGUAUUUGGGAGGGAAACUGUCGGCCGCCCAGCUGCAGGUGGCAGGCUGGGUGGGCAGCGUACGGCGCUCCUUGCAAGACGCUCUGGAGCUGGUGUGGGGCCCUGCAGAAGAGAAGCAGGAGGAGGGAGAAGAGAAUGAAGAACAAGAAGAAGAAGAAGAACGUGAAGAUGGAGGAGGAAGGUUUCAGAGAGCCAUGACACCGCUUCGUAGCUUCGCCAGACGUAGCAGGAGAUCCCUGCGCCGCUUCUCCACCAGAAGUCGGCAAACUCUACAAAGGAGAGCCACUGGAACCCGCUCUACACAGGUUAAAAGUUACUUUUUAAACGGAGAAGACAAAGACACUGAUGCUUUGACAGACAGUGAGCCAGGCCAGCAGAAUGGGGGCCGUGAACAGACAUCUGACAGUGACAGCCCAAAGCACAUCCCUGACCAAGUUCCUGAAGUCUCGUCUCAAGAUGUUGAUAGCACUGAUUUUCAGAGUGAGCCAGCGUUGGCUUCUUUCCCUGAGAGCUCCACUCCUCUGCUUGACACCAGUGCACAGAGAUCCAAGGCAGAUGUUGGUAAGAGGCGAAUCCGAACUCGCCCGUCACGCUCGCUCCGUGCAGGGUCGACUCAGAGGGAAAGCCCGGACUGGAGGGCUUGUGACUCAGCAGAUGGAAAGAAAGCAUCUUCCACGCAAAGGGAGUCAGAUUCUGAUGAGGAACAGCCGAAAACAAAGAUAGUCUGCUCUCCUCCUCCCGCCUCACAAAGAGUCCCCAUGUUCCCUGGUCUGAACCCUGCAGCCUUGAUUGCUCAACUAAAAAGGAGAACAGGUGGGGGAGGAGCUGAUGGAGGAGAGGAAACAGAAGAAGACAAGGGAAGGGAAGAGAAGGCAAGUCAACGUGAGGAAAAGGCACCGUCACCCUCACAACUCUCCCACUCUCCUCGCUCUGCCGCUCAUCUCGCAGGGGCUGCACGGGUGCUGCCACCCUUAGGCGGCACAGACAAAGGUGCCAACUCUUCUCCUGCUUGGCUGAAAGAACUGAAGUCUAAGAAGCGUCUGAGUCAGCAUGGCAGCGAGGCUUAACCAGACACAGGAGACACUGUGUUGUUGUUGUUGAACAACAAUCAAUCCAUCUCGGUUGCUGCUGCUGCUGACAGACACCUUGCCAUGAUUGCUCCAUUUUGCACUUUGAGUGCCUUAUUUUGGACCUUUAAUGGUAUAUGCAGAAGGGGAACUCGCUGAGGCCAUCACGAACUUUUCAUCUUGUAAAUGAAAUAGUGCCAAGGCUAUGUGCCAAGACUGAUGUGUUAAUAAUGCCAAGUGCAUGUUUUAUCGACUGUUGUACAGAGGCUCAAUGGAGGGUGAAUACCCCAAUAUGAUUUAGAGCAAAGCCAUACACUGUGUUGUUGUUUCAGUGUGUAAGUCCAUCAUGUACUCAGAGGGAAUGAUGACACUAGGCCUUUAACAGGGUAUAUAGCAUCACACACACACCUACACUGUAUAUACAGGAAAUACUGAAUAUAAAUAAUGGAUCGCACCUUGUGUGUAUUUAGUUGAAAUUUUAUAAAAUGUCUUUUACAUUAUUUUACCAAUCACAGAUCUCAAGUAAACCUACCUAGCACUUUAAAAAAAAAAAACAUUAUAAAGAAUUACCUUCUAUACAGUGCAUCCAAGCAAUAGAAUAAUCACGUACAUAACUGUAGUAACUGGGUCAGGGGAAUUUGUUCAGUUUAUAACAACAUGAAUGCCUCUCUUCUCUUUAAAAUAAGGUUCCACAAAAUGUAAAGAUGCAGGCCCUGGUUUUAUUAAAACACCCAGAAGCUGGUCAGGCCGUCAACAGUCAGAUGGGAGGAACUCUUUGGCAUGCUAUAACAGAAUCAGGAAAGAAUGUUUUGUAAAAUCUUUAAUCCAGAAAAAUGCAUUUGUCUGCUUGAGAUUCUUUUUCAGUGCCUUUUUAAUGUUUUUGAUUGACUGUCAUCAAUGCUGUAAUCAUUUAUGGUCAACAUACUGUAUGAUAAGAGGAAAUUGAGGGAAUUUUAUUAAAAAGUUUUCU